AUGGAGCAUUGUUGUGUAACACCAUGGUCAUUUGGUCAGGAAGGUGAGAAGGAACACAAGCUAAAGAGCCCGAUAGGUAUCGCUACAAACUCCAGCGGAGAAUUCAUUGUCGGAGAUUAUGGAGAUCGUUGCGUGAAGGUGUUUGACAGAAACGGUAAGCUUGUGAAAGUUUUCGGUCUCCCUACAGAGGACGUAAUUACACCGUUAUAUAUUAAAGAUGUAGUCACGGACAUGAAUGACAAUAUCUUUGUGCUGACCAUGCUGGGGAAGCCUGGUUUUCAUGAAUGUGAGAGAUCUUGGUGGGUCUAUAAACCUAAUGAAAUCGCUGACCUGCAUCACAGGUUUCGUCUGAGGGGAAACGGUUCCAAACGAAUAUCGGUCAGAGAUCCAGAGAAAGUAGUAAUCUUGCGGGGCUUCAGAGUAGUGGAGGAAUAUGAGAGUAGUGGAAAAUUUGUUCGCAGUUAUGGAGAAAAAAUAUUGAGGUAUGCGAUGGAUAUCACUGUUGCUAAUGAUGGCCGUGUUAUAGUAUUGGACAAUUAUGAUGAUCCCUUCCGUAACAAUUUUCUCCAAGCAGAUUUGGUUGUUCACAUAUUCAGUGAACACGGCUACCGUCUGAACAAUUUUACAUUGCAAAGAAGUUUAUUUAAAUACACGAGCAUUACAUUUCAACCAGCAGGUGAACAUGUCGUCGUCGCUGGUAUAGAAUUAAGCAGAAACCUCCUGGAGGUUAAAAUAUUGAGCAAAGAUGGUGAGUUUGUCCGUAGUGUACAAAUCCAAAAUUGUGACGAGUUCUUUGAAGUAAGAGGGUUUGCAGUGAACAAUGACGGACGCAUUGCUGCUGUUACAACAAAUUUUAAAAAUGGUAAAGUAGUCGUUUUAUAAACUGCUGUUUCUUGUUCCAAAUUGUUCGCUAAUUUUUUUGGCUUGGGAAUUUGUUCAAAAUAAAUUUAGUCUCAGUAAAGCGUAAUUCGGUAAAAUCAGCUAAGGCACCCGUUUGUAACAAGUUGUCGCGUUCUGAAUGCAAACCCACGUCCGAAUGCUCAUUUCAGAGCUUUUGUCAUCGGUGAACAUGCUGUUCUCGAAGUCAUUCAUAUCGCCAUUUAAUCCAAAAAACUGUUAAGCUCUAAUCGCUUAUUUUAAUGGUGUUGUGUCACAGUAUGCUUACCCGUCACGACUACUUCUUGCUCUGACUCGUAUGCAAAUUUUUAAGAGAAACUUGAUUUGCUUUUUGUUUCGAUAUUUGUCAAAUCAUUGAUCGAUGUUCACCAAAUUGCUCGAAAAAUGGGAACGGAAAAAUUUACAGCAGGAUACACAUAGUUCAAGUUUGUUUAAGACUCGCCGGCGCGUACAAUUAGGCAAAACAUCAAUACCAUGGGUUGAUGACAGAUUUUAGAGUCUGUUCUGAAAUAUUUAGACGUUAUUGACAGACGCUUGCAUAAUAAGAUACUCAACAGUAGUCUGUGGAAGCGUUUUCGGGUUUUAAGUGCAUUUUCGUCUUUGACAUCGCGAUUUAUUUUAACUUGACCUUUCAUCGUUGUAACAUUAUGCGCUCCGCAAUCAAACAAAUCAUCACGAGCGAAAUGAAACUGUUUACAUUCCAGUGCGUAAACACUGAAGCGGGCGCCGAUUGCAAUGAGUAAAAGUGAACAUCAUUCACAAUCUUAAACAGGAUAUUUUCCGGCAAAAUUUUCGUACAGCGCCGUACUUCAUUUUGCAUCCAUAUAUGGAGCUUUAUCAUUCAGUGUAGCACCAAAGAUGUGCAUGCAUAAUGAAGUUUGGGGCUGUGCGGAAAUUUACCUUAUUUUGCUUCUGAUCCUCAUCGAAGGUGAUCGAGAUAGGAUCGAAGUUUCGAAGAAAUCAUCACCUACGAUGCAGACACCAAAUUUUUUACAUUACGCAACGUAAACAUGCUAGGGAGCGCUGAUUGCAAUGAAUAAAUUGGGAAGCGUAUUAGUGAGUAUUUGUUUCGUUACUCACUCAAUGAAACAUGCGUUUCGAUGCCUUGAGUAAGUGACAUUUCCUUCCCAGCUGAUUCAUCAACAACUCAUAUCAAGCAAAUCUACUGCUACUGCUCGUUAUUCAAUAAAUUCGCGAAGCGACGGGACAUGCGUGAGUGCAACAUGGUAGCUUUUUUCAUUAGGUAAAUUUUUCGUUGUCUUCUCGCCGCUUUUUCAAACCUAAAAGUUCUUUGUUUCACCCAACAAUGUAAAACAAAGGAAACUUGUGGCACUGAAUAACAAAGGCACACGAGUCGCGCAUUUUUUUCAACCGUACGCACCAAAAAAUCGUAUAUACGCGUCUGACUACCCUGCUCAGUACCCUGAGCGGUACUGUAAUUUUCAAGAAGUCAGUUUCCCACUUCCUUUUUGAGAUUAAAUUUACAAAUGUACCUGGCUUUAAUCUACUAGUAGAUUCUUUAAAGAUUAUGUAAGGUAUCUGUUUUUUAUUGGAAUUGCACUGUUGUUCAAGAGUUUUCUAGUCAUUCAAUGAUAACGGUGUAAUAAUGUAUAGCUGGUAAUCACCAAAUCCUCUCUAAGGGUUUGACUAAUUUCUUUACAUUUUCUUUACAUUUUCUUUACAUUUUCUUGCUUUACUGAAGUAAUUUACCAAUUUCGUUCACCAGAUCAAUUUGUAUUUAUUGUAAAUAUCAGAUAGUAUACAGUUAAAUUUUGUUGCUAAUUUCUCUUUUGAUGGGGGAGGGUGGGGAAUGUGUAUGGCAUUUUAGGGAUAACAUCACAAUUUUCCUUCAUGGCAUUUAUUUGCUGCUAUUCCUCUAGCCAGGUUCAUAAGUUAGUUUCAUAAAAGUAGUUUGAAUACUUUCUUUUCAUAGAAUACUUUUAUAUUAUUGUUUUCCUUAACAAAGGUGCUGUGCUUGUGAUUGAAGGGACUACUUAGAUAUUGUAAGUGAAAAAACACUUGAUCAAUGUCCUGGGCAUUGAAGCUAAAGCCCUCUAUACUUUUUUCUCACAACAAAUUACUUUAUGAUCACUUCAUCCCAAAAGCCUUGCAUUAAAGAGACUUAAUCAUUAGGUUAAAUUAAAACAACAACAGCCCAUUACUGGCUUAAACUCCAGUCAAACACUGUUAUCUCAAAAUCUCUUUUGAAACUCUUGACAAACUCCCAGACAAACUUUUCUAAAACGAAAACAGUAUUUGAAAUGCUUUAACAUAAUAUAAGGAAAUACUGUUAGUAGCAAUCUUAUUCUCUUCAAUUUUGACCACAAAUUUCAAGGUAAUGAUGUGUGAUUCAUUUGGUUUUGCAUUCUUCAGAAUUUGCAUUUAAUUUUUCAAUAUUGCUACUGAAAAGACCUGUUCAGAGAGUGCAAUAAUGUAUGUAUGUAUGUAUUUUUGUAUGUAUGUAUGAAUGACUGUAGGCCAACUUUCAUAGAAGACCAUAAUAGCCUUCUUUAGCUUCUCCAAACAGUUGAAAGUCUUUGGAGACAGAAAAGAUUAUUUUAAGUGACUGACAUCUUAUGUACAUUUUUUAGUCAUUUUAGAAUGUUCUGGAAGCUAAUAUAAUAUAACUAACAUUUUCCUAAGCAUUAUAGAUUGUAAGACAACACUUAGAAGAAUGUUCUAGAAAGUUACAGAGCAUUGCAUUACACUACUCCAGUAUUCAUAUGACAUGACUAGUUGGCUUCUAGAAAUUCCCAGAAACUCCCUAUAUGUAACUGCCCUCUAUAAUUACAAAUUAGGGAGUGAUCCUCAAAGUUGGAGAAGCGUGAAUAAAUCAGGUUAUGACAGAGUCCAUAUAUCGGUUGGGCACUCAAACAGAUGAGCUAUGAAGUCAUAUGUCACAAUCUAAAAUGUAAUUGUGGGGUCUUUGCUCCCAUACAGGAAUGUAUGAGCAACAAAUGGAAUAGAUCUUGUUUUGGUCUGGGGAUGAUUGCCACUAAUGGAGUGAUUCUUGGCUUGCUCCUGGUGUAUGCAUGGCUUUGUAGCUCAGAUGGUAGAACACUCAACUAUGAACACUUACAGAGACAUGGGUUCAAACCCUGUCAAAGCCUGAAUUGUUUCAGGCUUCUUCUUGUGGAAUUGGGCUUUUCAGGGCCAAUACAAACACAUUUUAAAUGAACAAUGUGAAUAAACACUAAAAAUAUCUUAACUGGCCAGCUGCAAACCAGUAGGCCAAAAUAGGAAGCACGGCCAACUAUUCGACCUUAACAUAACCAAGAAAAAACUUGGUGAGGAGCAGGGUGGAAGGCUUGAACCUGGAACCAUCUGAUUACAAGACCAGUGCCUUAAUCCUUUAAUUCCCAAGAUCUGAUUGUUAAUUCUCUCCUCUUGUUGCUACACAAUUCCAUGUAAAUUAGUGACAAGAAUCUGGUGUUAGAUCAAGAAAAAAAACUUUCUGAUAAGUUUGAGUAUUCUCAUUAACUGUUUGCCAGAAAACGUAGGGAUAUUGUAGGGAGAAGUAACAUGUUGGUCACUUCUGGGGGUUAAAGGGUUAACCACUCAGCUACACUGCCUCACUAUGUCAUUAAUUUUUUUUGCAGAGUGAAAUUACAUACCAUAAUACCUUAAUAAAUCUGAAACAUAUCUUGUGAAACAAUAAAUUUAUUUUUCCUUAUAGUACUAUUUUUAAAUCAAACUGAAAAAAAAAAUUGGAUCAACUCUUUCUUUAGUCUAUCAUAGAUUCCCAAGAGUUUACAGGGAAGUUUUCAUAAUGAAUUCCUCGAACAUUCAUAGAAUUAUUGUUAAUUUUUAGUAUUAUGGGUUGGAAAGCAUUUUCUAAGUUGGGAUGUUACUUUAUUGUAUUAUAAAUUUAAAAAAUUAUACCAAUGCGCUUUUGUAUCUAUAGACACUAGCUAUUAAAGAAGGAUAAAAUAUAAUUAUUUCAUUGAGUGUAAAAUUAUUUUAUCACAAUCAACCAGUGAUGUUUAGUUGCUUUUUCAACUAUCAGUGUCAAAGCAAAACCAAGAACAGAAAAUAAAGAUUGCUCAAGAUUGAUGAUUAUGAAAUUCUGAUUGUUUUAAUUGUAUCUUCCUAAUUUUAUUAAUUACUUUUGUGAUUAAUAUUGAUAUAUAAUUUUGUCUUUGGCUAAGAAUGAUUUUUGGGAUGAAAUUUUCUCCAAAUUGAAAACUGAUCUUCACCUUAAUGAGUCUUGCUCUUCAUCUUAUCCUCUGCAAUCUUUAAGGUUGACUGGUCAUUAACUUGAAAAAAAAGGAAACUAAUAGUGACUUUAAUGAUCAAGAAUCUCUUUCUUAAAUAAAAACUUGUUAAUUGUUUUGUCACAAGGGCAAAGAAGGGAAAUAAUCUCAGUCCCCCACAGGGGAUUGACCCCUGGAACUUCUGAUGUCAAGUAGGUACAGUCAAACCGGUCUUACAUGUAAGUAGCACUAUAUUAAGUGGUCAUCCUAUAUUAGGUGGUUGGUUGUCAAAGUCCCAAAUAUUUUCUCUUAACAACUGUAAUUUUCACUUCCGUUUCGUGUUCGUGGUCACCUCUAACUGAAUCUUAGAGGCAGGUUUGUAUUAUCUUCCACCUGCAUUGAAUAGUCACUUAUAGCACAACCACUAAUUAAAUAAAAAUAAGAAAAAUCUCUCAGGUACAAUGUAUUCCAUGUAUAUCUCCCCAAAUCAAUGUAAGUACUCUGAGUUCAAAAAUGACCUCAACAUUGCGGUUUACACACAAACAUUGGGCAAGUCAUUUGCUCAUCAACUUGUAUUAAGCUUUGACAUGCUGCCAUUCCCUAAGGGUGACUGCUUAAUACAGGUUUGACUACAUCUUGUGUACUUUUAUGUUCUUCAUCCUCAGCAUAUUCAUGAAAAAAACUUUUACCACCUUUCUUUAACCCUUUACACCCUAAUAUUAGUAUGCAUAUUCUCCUAACUAUUCCCUAUACAAUUCCUAAGGUGCUAACAAGGAGAAUUUGUUCAACAAUCAAGAGCUUCUUAAGUUGGUGAUCAUUUCUUUUAUUCUCAUGACCUUGAUGUGUGAUUUAGGGGGUGAUAUUGUAAGGAGAAUUAGAUGCUAAUCACUCCUAGGGGUCAUGCAAUCAACAACACCGCCUUCCUAUUCUUUUUUAUUCACUUACUUAUUUUUAGGAAUUAAUAUUAAAAUCAUGUGGAGGGGACAUAUUUUAAACAAAUUAGCUAAUAAAGGCAAUUUUCUAUUCUAGUAUUCAAUUCUAUUAUUAUUCUUUGAUGAUAAGGAUUACAUGCCUUCCACUGUGUUUGAGCUUAACUUCUGAGGAGGAAUUGAAAGGAAAUUACUACAAUGAAGAGAUUUGUGGAUUCUGUACAACAAGAAGUGAGGCAGCAUUAAAGUUGGUUAUUAACAAAAAAUUCUUAAAAAUGUAUGGCAUAUUCCUUCUUCUUGGUUUGCUAUUUAUGUGUGGAGUUCGCCCGCAGAACAGGCGUGAUUUUAACAGGCAUUUUCUUAGUGAAAGUUAAAGCUGCCGUCUCUGACUUUUUCAGCAGUGGAAGGCUCUGGAAAGAAGGAAAUAUUUACCAAGGGGGUGGGCAAUAAUCAAAAAGACGGAGAGGGGAGGGGGUGGGGCAAUAGAAAUUUCUUGUUGUCUUUCCAAAGAGUGUCCCCAUAUCAAACAAGCUUUGCAGAGCUUGUAACAAUACCUUGCCUUAGUAAAAAGCCUUUACCGCAGGCAAGUGUGUGGGAUUUCUUAUUUAAAAAGCAAAUAUUCCAAAGCAAAGAAGUGUCUACGGAAAAAAGGGUCAGUUGUGGCAUGCUGGUUAAUUGAAGACCAGUUAGUGCUGACAAAACAUACUGAAAUCUAAGGUAAACAGUUAUAUAUUAUGAUGACUAGAGACAACGAAUGGAAGAGCUACAUAUACACAGUAAAACAAUGGUAUGUAGUCACCCGUUUCACCAGGGUAAUUUACAUAUAUGCCAACUCUCCAGGAUUAUCUGUGAGUCUCCCGCACAGGUGACCAAAACUCCCGAAUAAAAGGAAGUUUGGAUCAGUUGCCCUCAAAAAACUUCAAUUUAGUCUCCAUUUGUUCCAAAAUUUCAAAAUCAUCUGGCUUCUAAUGCUUGUAUUACGGUUUCUGGCUUCAUUUUCUUGUGUGAUGCACGUUGUUUGUUACAAACAAAAAAAGAAGAAAAAUUUCUUGUUUGAAGUCCCUGAUAGAUAGAUCCACGUUUUUCUCUCGAAAUUGAUCGGUGGGGGGCAGGGGGGGGAGGAGGAGAUAGGGAGUCCGAAUCAGAAAAAAUUUUUUGGGGUGGGUCACAUUGGCAAAUCCGGUUGGGUGGGGGGGGGGGAGGGUACUGGUCUGGAAAAAAGUCUCAAGAUUUGAGAUCUCCAGAGAUUGGCAUCUCUGAAUAUGGGCAUUAUUAACUGAACUGAUAAUGUAAAUUAGCUAUAGUAAAGAAUUUCAAAGCUGACGUUUCAAGCGUUAGCCCUUAGUCACAACUUCAGUCUUGGAAAAACCUCCAAUCGGUCAUUUUACAGCUAUGAACUUAGUUGCCAAGCUUUUGAUUAGGACUGAGGCUGAAGGUGACCUUGAUGUAAUAGAGACCAGUAUCUAGUUCGCAUGAUAACAAAGUAAUAUACAUUUGAAAAGAGGCAACGUUGGUAUCAUAACAAGGUCACCCUUGGCCACUCCUGUUCAAAGGCUUGGCAACCAAGCAUGCAACUUCAAAAUGGAAUAUUCAUAUGUCAGCGUGUGUUCGUCGAGAUAUGAAGCACGCGGGAAGUUUGGAGAGCAUGAAAGAUGCUUCAUAUCUUGAUGAACGCGCAGCUGACGUAUGAACAAAUUGUUUUAUAACAUUUUCAGACCAAUGGAAAUUUUUUUCUCUCGAGGGAUUUGUUUGCUGACGUCAUGAGUAUGCAUAUUAGGAACAUGAAGCGCGCUCGUGCAAUUGAAUUUGAUUAAACAAAUUUAUUAGCUCUGUUAUAAAUGAAGUUAGUUGAUGAAUACCUCCGUGUUAAAUAAGAGAAUGUGUGGUAGUCUAACCACCCUAAAGGGAUAAACAAGGAAGAAUUUUGCACAAACAAUGUGACUUGAUUGAGUAUAUACUCAACAUGUUACAGCAGAAUUGUGUAGAGGUAUAACUUGUCAUUCCGCUUUGCAAAAUACACUCAAUGCACAUUUUUUAUUUGAUUGCCCGUUCUUAAAGAUCAUCUAAGGAGAGGACAGCAACAGGGCUACUCCUUGUCUUAGAGUUUUAACAUGGAUGAGAUGCAAAUGCCGUUCGGACUUCUGUCCAGGCGCACUCUCGGCUUAUACUCGGCUUAUAAAUAACUCGGCUUAUAAAUUAAUCCAUGCUUAUUUGGUGUUCAUUGGCAGAAAUAUUGGACAAGAUGGCGGCCGCGCUUGCGCAUUUCGUCCACAAUGGCGUCCAAAUAAUAUAGGAAACUGUAUGGAAAUUUGUAAAAUUUCUAAAAUAUAACAAUCAGGAGCCCAUGGUCCCGUCUGCUCUCGAUCGAGACAUAUUCAGUACUGAUUCUGGUAUUCAUCAACCCUCACAGUGACUCGAUAAAUAAAACCACUUACUUCCCGAGCCAGUUCUUUUGUCAUUGUUCAUUGACCUAAGUCACCAUACAGUUCUUCAAAAUCCGUCGUUCUCCAUCCCAAACACUCGCCUAUUACAGGAAAGUGCAUCAAUGAAGUCAACUGCUCUCGAUCGAAUUGACUGCUACUGAGUUCGAAGCGUCAAAAUAUCCUGUAAAAUUGGCAUUUCUUCCCAUCAAAAAACUUCCCAACGCGCCAGAAUAUCCCUUAUUUUCCAUGUUGAGUAAGUGACGAGACGCCAUGUUGAAAAUUAUGACUGAAAUGGUUAAACACGAGCAACGCUGAUCUUCGAAUCAUCGGCCAUAUUUGUUUAUGUUCUUGCUGGGAAAUAAAUUAGUUCUCAGGUCCUUUCCGGAAUAAAAAUAUGCCAGGCGUUAAAUGCAAAUUCAAAAUUUCAAAGUCUUGGCGCAAAAAUUUAAUAAAAGCAAAUCAAAAUUCUGACAUCAUGUCAUCGCUCUGCCUCGAAAAAUCCCAAAGAUUUACUUGCAGGUCUCCUUUUCUUUUUCUUUUCAUCAAAUAGAAGAUCUGCGGUGCCCAAAUUGCGUAAGUCAUGGUACGAAACACGCUUCUUUGCAGGUCGAACCGUGAUCGCCGCCAUAUUGAAUUCUCUUGAUAUUCUAUUGUUCCGGAGUGUAAUACGAUAUACCGCUGAUAAUUGUUAGCGGGCUCGAAAUGUCCUUGAUUUCUGGCGAUGUGUUAAAUGCACUGAAUGCUUUUUUUCCUAAAACUCUUAACUAUAAGCUGAACCCCCCUAUUUAGCUCAAAUUUUGCUUAUCUCUAGCUUUAAUUUCCAUAAAAAUUGCCCAGCUUAUAGCCGAAAAAAAUACGGUAAAUCGACGUCAUGUUUUUGUGAGCGUUCAGUGCUUAAUAAACAAUCUUGGUUUUGGACACUUCAACUGGGUACUUGGAACACCACUCCGACGUAUACCAGCCAACUAACCUCUAUUUGCAUGGGUCCGGAAAAGGUCUCCUAAAGGGCAUUUUACUGUUCUUAAAAUUUGCGCUAAAAUCAGUAUCGUUGAGCUGCAUCAGAGCUGUUGGGAUUGAAAAUUCAUACCCAAAGUUAAGUACCAAAAAUUUGUCUCGAACAGUUUUCCGUAGCUCGAAGUCACAUCACAAAGACCCCUUCUCAAUCCUGAUAACGCAAAUGCAUAUUACAAGUACCUUUCGUUUUUAUUUAACUCUUCGACCCCGUAAGAGUGACUAACAUUUAAUUUCUCCUUACAAUGUCACCCCUGAAUCACACAUUAAGGUCACGAGAAUAAAGGAAAUGAUCACCAACUAAUGGAGCUCUUGAUUGUUAAACAAAUCUCCUUGUUAGCAGCUUAGGAAAUGUAUGGGAAACGGUAAGGAGAAUAUGUAUACUGAUGUUAGGGAGUUAAGGGUUAAACUGCAGCUUUCUUUUGAAGAUCAUUGCUUUACUUUAUUCUAGUCUUUUUUUCUGUUGAUAGCAAGAGAAACCGAGCCUCGAAUAGGAAAUAACCUUACACUCCAUGAAUGAAUGUGACAGAGCGUUUCAUUUCACUUUCCCAAAAAAGAAAAAAAUACCUUACCGGUCCCGAGUAAAUACGUAAACAGAAAAUAGAAACGUUUUUGACCAUUUUCUUAGCCUUUUUUUCUUUCCUUAAUGUUUAUUACGACUAAAUCCUCCGCCAAGUAUGUUGUACUAUUAAAUAUCGGGGGAAUUAGCUAUCGAGCACAUCACGCCCGGUGAAAGGCACUCAGACUCUCGAACUGUCUUUUUCUGCUUUCUUUGAUUGCUCGGUUUCCUAGAACACAAUUCCACUUACAUCCAAGCUUAUUUCAUUACGUAAAACUCUGGUUAAUCUCUUAGGCUCUCAUGCUUUGAAUCUCACCAGAUACUUCGUCUCCAACUGCGGAAUUUUGACUCUACUCGACUGCACUCUGUUUACAUUCUUCCACUCUCUUUUAAGUAAACGCUAAAGAACAUGCUUAUAUAUUCACUACUGUCAGAUACGUGUGGGCAAGCCAGCUGGCUGACCCUGGGAGAUCAAACAUUUGUUGUUAGAAUGCUAAACCAAACAAUUUGACGAACAACAAAGUACUUAGUCUUAAUGCUUCCGAUCAACCGAGUCAACUUCUGACUGGGUCAGUAAAAACAAGAACUUUCGUGUGGGUCCCGAAACAAAGUCGGUAAACAAACUAAGCACGUCCGCACGAGGAAAUUAGAAAAUUUUCACCAUGUCUCGUUAUUUUGGAAAUGCCUUGAGAAAUGACUCACAUUGUCAUGUGAUUAUAGCUUGCUUUCAGUCCGUCCCCAUCACAAAUUUGUAAAGAAAUCACUGGAAUGUGGUAAUUCAUCAACAUACUUAAACUCCAGCUGAUUACAGGAAUAUACAGACUUUCAAAGCUCAUCAUUUUUUUACAGACUAAGAUCACAUAAUAACAUAGUAAAGCUGAAUAAACGAUUAUGAGUUUACAAGAUACUUCAAUAAUAUUUGCUUCUACAAGUGCAAAAGUAUCAGUUUCAAACAUUUAACUUGCUAAGAUAUGUUCGAACAACUGAGAAGAGGUGAAACUAGAGAAAGACAUUUUAGUGGUCAACAGCUGUUUUAGUAAUCAUGUAUCCUGUUUAUUUGAAACAAGCAGAGACAUGUUGCUUUUCUCAGUUCAAUCAUGCUGGCAAGAAUUUCGUUAGGUAUAACCUUAAGGUGAAAGGAGGAAAUUUGGAACGGACGGAACUAACGUCCGACGUAUGGAUACGUUACUACAAUAAAAGUGAAGAAGGCAAAAGAAGUAAUUCUUGGCAAAAAAUUUGAAGGGAUUCAUUAAGAGCGUGGAUGGUCAAAAUCUUAUUUCCUGAAAGCCCUCUGUGUUAAAUAAUUGAAAAGUUUUGAGAGAAAAAAAACAGCAACAACUAACACUCCAACAACAAAGGCAAACACCAAAAUCUGACACGAACUUUAUGGGUUUCCUUUUCGGAUAUGUUAAUAGUUUCCCAUUCCACGUCUAACUGUGUAAUAAGUCUAAUCUCUAGAAUGGCUUUAGAAUCCAGUAAAGAAGUGAACGUGGUAAUCCCUGUUUUCCUACGGCCGGAUAAGGAGCAGAAUUGAGUAAACUGACAACACAGGCUACGGCGGUAGCCCAAGUUCGUACAAUGAGUCUACACAAUCCGAGAGAAAAAGCCAAGGGUACUAAAAACGAGCAAGGCGGCUGUAAAACAGUCUACAAACCCGCCCGAUAAUAGUAAGGAGUUUGUUUCAUUUAAAACUCAUAUGACGGUAUAAACCGUCGGGAUUACGGGAUUGAGAGAUAAUUUUAAUCGAGGUCGCGGAAUUGAAGAACUCUAUUGGAAACCCCUCUCAUAUCGCUCAGAUAUUUGGAUAAAGAAUACGACUGCUUAUUACCAUACAAAUCGUUAUUUUCUUCAAGAUGACAAUUUAAGUGCACACAGUUAACAUUAUUAACGUUAACUGUGUGCGCUUGAGCCCAAUAGUGUUGAUCAAUAUCAAGUUAGUUCGCUCUACCUCUGUCCGUGCUAAACAUCGCAAGUGACAACGUGAAGUACCAGCGGUGCUGAAGCUCAUUCCAACCGGAGAUUACGAAGUCCGGUCCCAUCGAAUGAAUCCAGUUUUUAUGUUGCUAAAAAUUGAAGACCUUCUCUGAUAUCUUAUCUAAGCCCCUCCCAAAAGAAAUUUGAUCAGAGCGCAAAGAUAAGAAAGACCACAAUUUCUAUUAGCUCAUAAAAAGGUUCUGAGUUUACCCUCAACUUUACUCAACCGCUAUGUCCUCGAUAGUAUUAACAGUGUUCAGACCCACCAUCGGUUUGCUAGUCAGCAACUGUAGAGAUAAGGUCGCUGAGAUUCUGAAAGAUGGCGAUGUAACAGAUCAAAAAUUCCACUCCCUGAUCGUCAAGGAAAUCGAGGAAAUUAAGUCAAAGUUGGACGCGUUAUCGAGGAAAGAUUUAGAAGCGAGCAUCAGUUUCUUUGAGGAAGGAAUUGUGUUGUUGUAUGAAGUGUUUAAGAUAGCAAAUGCUAGAGGCGAGUGUGGCGCGGAAACAGCACUAGCGGCUUGCAAUGAAACAAUUCCUAUUAUUGAAGGAAUCAAAAGGUUAGAGCUUACUGGCCUGGAUGAAUCUGCUGCGAGAAAGCUUUCCGCUGCAAAGGAAAGAUUCAAAGAUGCUCGAAGAGAAGCAACGAGGGCCUUUAAAAAUGAAGGCCUUAAAACAUCUGACCGCAUUCUGGCCAUGAAGUAUCGAGUCAUGGCGACCAUAUUAGAGACAGUAGACCAUCCCGCUGAUGCAGUGGGACCAUGUGGAGUGUGUGUAAAGGAACUAAACUCUCUGCCAGCAGUACAGAAUAACUUUGAUGUUCAGCUCAAGACAGGCAUUCAAGCAGUAAGAGGUUGGUUCAGUCAAGAGGAAAGAAGGGAAAUCAUCACCAGUGUCUGUCACGUGAAUCGUGUUAUCUACGAUGUUACGCGAACACUCGGUGGAGACACAUACUUUUAUACCUGGUCCCCAGUUGAUAUUGGACACAACAAAAUCAAUCCAUUGUACGACGCAAGAGUAACCAAAGUACUUUUUCAACGAGACGUGGAGCACUGUUGUGUAAUACCAAGGUCAAUUGGUCGGGAGGGUGAGGAGGAACACAAGCUGAAGGACCCGAGAGGUAUCGCUACUAACUCCAGCGGAGAAUUCAUUAUAGGAGAUUGUGAAGGUUGCGUGAAGGUGUUUGACAGAAACGGUAAGUAUGUGGAUCAUUGCCGUCUCUUUACCGAUGACGUAAAUACACUGUCAAAUGUUCUAGAUGUAGCCACAGACACGAACGACAAUAUCUUUGUGCUGACCGCAUUGGAGUACCUUUGGUUAUCUUACAUGGUUUAUAAACUUACUAAAACCGCUGACCUGCAUCGCAAGUUUCGUCUGAGGGGAGGGCGCAGGUAUUCGUACCAAAGACUGUCAGUCAGUGAUACAGGGAAAGUAGUGACACUGAAGUUCGGGAAAACAGUGGAGGAAUAUGACAGUAAUGGAACGUUCGUUCGCAGUUUUGGAGAAGAAAUAUUGAAGUCUGCAAAGGACAUCACUGUUGCUAAUGAUGGCCGUGUUUUAGUACUAGACAUUGAUGAGGAUUCCUUCCUUAAUGUUUUUGACAAAGAAGAUUUCUCUGUCCACAUAUUCAGUGAACGCGGCUACUAUUUGAACCAGUUUAAAGUGCAAAGAAAUUACUUCUAUUACACGAGUAUUACAUUUCACCCAGCAGGUGAACAUGUCGUCGUCGCUGGUAAAGAACCAGAUAGAAACCUCCUGGAGGUUAAAAUAUACAGCAAAGAUGGUAAGUUUGUUCGUAGUGUACAAAUCCAACAUGUGUUCUAUCAAGUAAAAGGGAUUACACUGAACAAUGACGGACGCAUUGUUGUUGUUGCAAGCCAAUGUGAAAAUAGCAAAGUAGUCGUUUUAUAA